AUGACGGUUACUUAUACUGGAGAAGUAGCUACUGUUAGAGGUUUUGGAUGUUUUUUAAAAUUAUUAUUCAGGUGGAAGGGAAGCAUAUACAAACUCGUUUGGCCUGAUUUAUUUUUAUUUCUAGCACUUUAUUAUGUAUUAAAUAUAACAUACAGGGUUGGACUCAAAGAUGAACAGAAAAGGAUAUUCGAAAGCGUGGCCGAAUAUUGCGAAACAUAUAGUAAUCUCAUACCUUUGUCUUUCGUUUUGGGAUUUUACGUUUCCAUUGUUAUGACGAGAUGGUGGGAUCAAUACAAUCACAUACCUUGGCCGGAUCCUAUUGCCGUUUACGUCUCGGCACACAUACACGGGCAAGAUGAACGGGGGCGGUUAAUGCGUAGAACCAUAAUGCGUUAUUGUUGUUUAUGUUUGACCAUGGUUUUUACAAUGAUAAGUCCAAGAGUUAAAAAAAGAUUUCCAACAUCGAAUCAUUUCGUAGAAGCUGGUCUUCUUCUCGAAAAUGAAAAAUUAAUCAUUUCGGAUUUGGAUGAAAAAUUUCCCGGACAUCCGAAACAUUGGCUCCCCAUCGUUUGGGCAGCAUCCAUCGUGACUAGAGCGAGAAAGGAAGGAAGGAUAAGAGACGAUUUUGCAGUGAAAACAAUCAUUGACGAAUUGAACAAAUAUCGUGGAAGCUGCGGUCAGCUUUUAAAUUACGAUUCUAUUAGCGUGCCUUUGGUUUACACUCAGGUGGUAACAUUGGCGGUUUAUUCGUUUUUCGGAACUUGCAUUAUGGGAAGGCAGUGGAUCGACAAACCGUCAUCCGACGGUACCGUAUCCGCAAGAUAUAGAAUCGAUUUGUAUUUUCCAAUUUUCACGAUGCUCCAGUUUUUUUUUUACAUGGGUUGGUUAAAAGUGGCCGAAUCAUUGAUCAAUCCUUUCGGCGAAGACGACGACGAUUUCGAAGUGAAUUGGUUGGUCGAUAGAAAUCUACAAGUUUCUUAUUUGAUUGUGGACGAAAUGCAUCACGAACAUCCGGAAUUGAUAAAGGAUCAAUAUUGGGAAGAAGUUUUCCCGACGGAAUUACCUUACACCAUAGCUUCGGAACAAUUCAGGGAAAAACAUCCACUUCCGUCAACGGCCAACAUCGAGAUAUCGAAACACGCGGCAGAAAUUGCUGUGGGUUCUUCGUACAAGGACGAUUUAGAAAAUCAAAUCGUCAAAUUCUCGUAUAAGUCACAGGGAGAGGACAAUGUCUGGAAAGCGGUUUCGGUGACAAACAUGUUAAAAUCGAUUUUCACGAGAGAAAAUUCUAAUCCGGGAAAUUGCGAAAAAGGUACUAAUCAGUCGCAGGGAGUCGGUAUGGGUUCGAGUUUUGGAAGGCUUAAUCAAAGUCAAAGCACGGCGAGUUUGAAUAGAAAUUCCGGUGUUGCCGGAGGUACGGUUAAAAUAACGGAUCAAGUUAUAGAAGAGGUAGAUGAACAACUCACGGUCACUUCCAUACCUCCAAGGCCGUCGACGGAAAGAGUUCACGUUAAAAAUAUAUUUCCGGAAUCGAAAAAUUGUCAUUCGUCUUCCGAUCCCGUCGAAGUACCUUUGGUAUCAUUUGACAAUAACGAAAGACCGGUUAACAUUUCCACAUCAGCUCCAACUCAUCCAUUUUCCGACGCUUGGGAAACUCUGACGUCGACGGGAGGUAAAUCCGAUAAUCUCGUGAUUGCCAAUCACACGAGUCAACGAGUAUACUCUACUCAAAGAAAAAAGGGAAAAGGAAAAAAAAGAAUGGUCGGCAUUGCAAUGGCAACAUCCGGAAAAAAAGAGUAA